AUGUCAGUGGUGAUGGAGAAGCAAAAUUCCCUUCCCAUAGAUAGAGCCGAUGCUGAAACAUGGAAUCGCGACCUGAUGGAAGCUUUCCGCCGGGCGCUGGAGAAGGACCCCGCAGUAGACCUUCUAUCCGUUGUCGGGAAGAGAUAUGUCGCUGCACAUCGUGCUUGUCAAUACGCGGGUCUUUCUGAGGCCGCUCGGCUAAACUUCGAAACCGUUGAUUGUCUUCAAGAUGGGGCACUUUCCCGGCCCGAAAUCAACUUGCGCGACAUUUUCCCCACGGACUACGAUCGCCUAUACAGAUGGGCCAAGCCCAAGAAAGAAGAAGAGGCCAUAUCCCUACAAAAUCCUCCACCAGCGCGGCAGCUAAAACAGCCUCUCGACUGGCUUCGCAAAAAAAUUGAACCUGUCAACACCGCUAGCAUCAUCUACCCAUUAUCUGCCCAGUCGUCAGCGCUCCUCAAUCAGCCCCUUACGGCGGUGGACGGUUCCUCUGAGACAUCAUCCCUUACAGCAGCUUUGAAAGACCUGAUCUUGAACUCCGACAUAAUUUUCGAACUUAGCAUUAGACAUGGUGCUGUCAUUAGGUGCAGUGACGACCUUGUUAUCAAGACCUUUCCCAGCAGUCGAGAUCUUACCGAAUACCACAAUCUCCAGUAUCUUGCUGAACAUACCACCGACCUACCAAUCCCUAAGCCCCAUGGUCUCAUCAUGCUUGGCAAUAUUGGUGUUAUGUUCAUGUCAUAUGUUCCAGGGACUGCUUUAGACAAGGUAUGGUCACGCUUAUCCCAUCAAGGGAAAUUAUCCAUACAGAAACAACUGGACGAUAUAUUCUCUCGCCUCAGAGGCCUACGCCAGGAUGAUGGAACUGAACUUGGGGGCGUACGCGGGGAAGGAGUCAAAGACUACCGAAUUAUGGAAACCCUAGCGUAUAAAGGCAUAACCACAGCCAAGGAGUUUGACCAGCUGCAGUUCUCGGCAAAGCAUCGCGCUAGUCCUUCCUACGUCAAGUUACUUCGGUCUUUCUUGGAUAAGGACAACGAAACUCUGCAGGGGUCCGUAUUCACGCAUGGCGAUUUGAAGAAAUCCAAUAUCAUGGUGGAGGAAGAUCCGGGAAAUGCAGAUCUCUUUGUGAUUACCGGGAUUAUUGACUGGGAGGAUGGCGGCUUUUACCCUGAGUACUACGAAUCCACGACGCUGUCGAAUGGACAGAGUAUUAUGUCUGACGACGAUUGGUAUCUGUAUACCCCACACUGUAUCUCGCCCUUACGGUUCCCUGUACGCUGGCUAGCUGACCGACUUUGGGGUAAUCUUUUAUGGAGCUGGAGGACUGAUAUAGUACGAUAA